AUGACAACAAUUUGUAUUGUAUAUCAGAUUCCAGCUGCUUUCACAAACGGAGGAGCGACUAUGGAUAUUUUUUUGAUUGUUGUCAUGGUAGCUAGUUCCUCCGUUUUUUUCUUCUUUCUUUGCAAACAUGCUUUCUCAGCUAAAGUACAUAGUAAAAGUAGGAGAGUACCUGGAGCUGGCGGAGCAUGGCCUAUUAUCGGCCAUCUCCACCUUUUGAGUGGAUCCGAAACAGAUCAAUUACCUCACAAAAUCAUGGGGCGCAUGGCAGAUAAGUACGGGCCAAUUUUCGGAAUGAAGCUUGGAGUUCAUCAGGUUGUAGUUGUGAGCGAUCCCAAAUUAGCCAAAGAGUGUUUCACAACGAACGAUUUAGCCCUAGCAGGUCGCCCUAAAUCAAUGGCUUCAGAGAUUAUAGGUUACAAACACGCUAUGUUUGCACUUUCUGCUUACGGUCCUUACUGGAGAGAAACAAGGAAGAUUGCCACAAUUGAACUUUUCUCCGCUCGACGAAUCGAGAUGCUCAAACACAUCAGAGAAUUUGAGGUAAAACCAUCUGUUAAAGAGAUGUAUAAUAAUUGGGGGAAGAAAAAUUUAAAUGGUUUUGUGAAGAUGGAGAUGAAGGAAUGGAUUGGGGAUUUAGUUAUGAACACUAUGGGGAAAAUAUUAUUUGGAAAAGGGCGAAGGAUUAAUGAGGACGAAGGAAUUAAUAAGGCUCACAAAGCAAUUCGAAGAUUUUUCGAAUUGUUAGGAGCUUUUGUUGUGGCUGAUUUUUUACCUUAUUUAAGAUGGCUCGAUAUAGGAGGCCAUGAGAAAGCGAUGAAGGAGGUUUCUAAAGAAAUGGACUCUGUUGUUGAAGAAUGGUUAACAGAGCACAAAAGGAAGAGAGGAAUUAUUAAAUCUGGUGAAGAAGAAGAUUUCAUGGAUGUAAUGCUUUCCAUUUGUGAAGACAGAGAUCUGCCUGGAUUUGAUGCCGAUACUGCUAUAAAAGCUAAUUGCAUGGGUCUACUAUCGGCAGGUACAGACACCACCAUCGUAACUUUAACAUGGGCUUUAAGUUUACUCUUGAACAACUACGAAGCACUAAAAAAGGCUCAAGAUGAGCUAGACGCUCAUGUUGGCAAGAAUAGAUGGGUCCAAGAAUCGGAUAUCAAGAACUUGGUUUAUCUUCAAGCUAUUGUCAAAGAAGUAUUACGUUUAUAUCCAGCUGGACCGCUCUCUGUACCACACGAGUCAAUGGAGGAUUGUGUUAUUGGGGGAUACGAUAUACCAAAAGGGACUCGCUUAUUAGUGAACUUAUGGAAGAUUCAGCACGAUCCUAAUAUAUGGGCAAAUCCUCACGAGUUUAAACCAGAGAGGUUCCUGACGACCCACAAUGAUGUGGAUGUAAAGGGCAAUCACUUUGAGUUGAUACCAUUUGGUAGUGGAAGAAGAAUGUGCCCUGGAAUAUCUUUGGCCCUUCAAGUGGUGCCCUUUGUAAUAGCAGUGUUGCUGCAGGGGUUUGACAUGAAGAGGCCUUCAGAUGAAGCAAUUGAUAUGAGUGAGAGCUCUGGAUUGACAGUGCUCAAAGCUUCUCCACUCCAAGUUCUCCUUGCUCCGCGCUUAGCUUCCGUUCUUUAUGAAUAAAAUGAUGAAAAAAAUUUGUGCCUCAUGAGUCAUGCCACUGUUGUACACUACAUAUUGUAGUGCAAAUAAUAACAGAACUUCAUAAUUCCUACAUUUGAAAUGUGAUUCUAAAAGUAUUUUUGGAGCCCUUAUUCAAUUUAUAGCUGUGA